GAGGUCCACCUUUACCUUCAGAUGAGGUUAUAUCGAGUCAUAAUGUUGAAAACCCAGCUGUCCAGAUAAAGUGCCUCACUCUUUGUUAUAAAGAACCAAAAUGUGUUGGAAUUAACUACAGAAUUACAACAAUCAAAGUUAAAAACUGCCAACUGAACAACGUUACGAAAAAGAGGGAUACAACAACAUCAGGAGAUUGGACAUUGCUACACGAUAUUGAAGCG